CAUUUCCAACUCUCAAAAUAUAUUGAGAGUUGCCUGCCAACUGCAAAAAGUGCCAACGCACCCACACACACACCCACCUACGCACUCUCUCUCUCUCUCUCUCUUUCCCGGUGCAGAUGUUCUCCAGGGCCUCCUCUGCCAUGGCUGCCUUUCCUUGCACUAGGGUGAGGAGUGGGCUCCGUGUAUGGCCGGGCAUGAGACAACUUUGCUUCAGAGGAGGCCUUUUAUAUGGAUUCUUUCGGUUCUUGUCUACUCCAUUAAAAACCUUGCGUGGAGCUAGUCGAUCACUUAAAGUUAAUCAAUUUUGCAGUGUUGUUAAUCUGUCUUCAACCUUGCAAAUUGAAUUGGUACCAUGUCUCAAGGACAAUUAUGCAUAUCUCUUACAUGACGUAGAUACAGGCACAGUUGGUGUUGUUGAUCCUUCUGAAGCUGUGCCUGUUAUAGAUGCUUUGAGAAGGAAAAAUCGAAAUUUGACGUACAUAUUGAACACUCAUCAUCAUUUUGAUCACACUGGUGGGAAUGCAGAGCUAAAAGAAAGGUACGGUGCAAAGGUGAUUGGUUCAGCAACAGACAGGGAUAGGAUUCCUGGUAUUGAUAUUGUUUUGAAUGAUGGAGACAAGUGGAUGUUUGCAGGCCAUGAGGUUCUUGUAAUGGAGACCCCUGGUCAUACUCGAGGCCACAUUAGCUUCUAUUUUCCAGGAUCUGGGGCAGUUUUUACUGGUGACACUUUGUUCAGCUUAUCGUGUGGCAAGCUUUUUGAAGGAACCCCUGAACAGAUGUUAUCUUCCCUUAAAAAGAUCAUGGCUUUGCCAGAAGAUACAAAUAUAUAUUGCGGUCAUGAAUAUACAUUGAGUAAUUCAAAGUUUGCUUUGUCUAUAGAACCCCAUAAUGAGGCUCUCAAGUCCUUUGCAGCCAAUGUAGCCCAUCUUCGCAGCAAGGGCUUGCCAACGAUUCCAACUACAAUUAAGAUGGAGAAGUCUUGUAAUCCUUUCCUUCGCACUUCAAGUAUGGAAAUCCGACGCUCCCUAAAAAUUUCGGACACAGCCGAUGACGUUGAAGCUUUGGGUGUCAUCCGCCAAGCAAAGGAUAAUUUUUAAGAUGUUUUUGAGGCCUAUUUCUGAUUGUGUAUAGGAUCCAUUUGUGCAAUAAACUCCACAGAUCUAUUUGUUAAUAUAUUUCUAUUUUUUUGAGUUAGAAAUCUCUAGAGCUAGACUAAUAUUUGUGUUGCCUACAAGAACUAUGUUGAUAAUUAAAUACCUGCUGUAUUCCUGAAAGAAAAUGCAGCAUGUAAUGAUCAAAAUUAGAUUGUUACAUCUAAUGAAAAUCUGUUGACGUGAUUAAUCA